AUGACGAACAACUUUGAGCUUUUCACGUCACUCAGGUUCGAUCCCGGCCUGCUAGGCGUUCCCAAGAGACGCCUUGCCAACGCAGGAUGGAACGCCAAGAUGACAUCUCCGUACUAUAUGCUCGACCUGCACCGAGACCGGAUGCUGCGAGCCGCUACUCACUGGAAUUGGACACCGGCAGUCGAGGCCAUUUCAGGAGAAGCCGGGUUGCAGAACCUUGUUGAUGCCAUUGAGGCAUUCUUGGCCCAGCAUGGAAGGGACAACCCUUUGAGAGUCAAGGUCCUCCUGACGGCGGACGGGAAGCUCAGCUGCGAAGCGUCGCAGGUUCCGGCAGUGCCGUUGCAGAACCUCUUCCCGGAGAGGCUUCCGCCUCCUGGAGAGGCCAAGGAAACCAGUGAUCCUUUCGAAGAGCCUCUCAUGGAUGUCGUUGUCGACAGCACGGAGACCUCACAAUCUGAGUACACCCAUUUCAAAACUACCAAGCGGGCCAUGUACGACACGGCUCGGGAUCGUGCGAGCAUUGCCCCGACGGACCGCAAGGAAGUUCUGCUGAUCAACGCGAGAGACGGCACGGUCAUGGAAGGCAGCUUGACAACUCCGUGGUUCUGGAGGAACGGUAGGUGGGUUACGCCACCGGUGUCUGCCAGGUUUGAUCCCGAGACUGGGAGUGGUGGCCAAGACGGGACUACCCGCCGGUGGGCGCUCGAAAGGAAUCUGGCCGUAGAGGAAGAGGUCAAGGCCGACAGUCUUGUCGACGGCGAGCCAUGUUGGGUGAGCAAUGGCGUGCGUGGCUUCACUUUUGGCAAGAUACGCCUCAAGGCUGCUUGA